UCGCCGCCGACGCCGAUCCGACUUCCCCCCCCCCGCACGCGUUCUCGACGACCAUGGCAGAGGAGGCUGUGGACGCGGUGGAGGCGGUGGUGGACAUCGCCAAGCUCAAGCUGCCCGAGCUGCGCCAGGAGCUGUCGACGCGAGGGUUGGACACGAAGGGCAACAAGCAGGAGCUGCUCAAGCGCCUGCAGUCCUUCCUCCUGGAGCACGGUGAUGACGGUGUGGAAGAGGUGAAUGAAGAGGAGGCAUUGGGUGAAGAAACCGAGGAGGAGCUAUCUGAAGUAACAGAAGAGCCACCUGCUCCUCCAGAGCUGCCAAAACCAGUUGAGAAGCCAGCAGUAAAGAAGGUCCAGGACGUGGUGCUAACUUCAGAAGCAGAGCGGCUGCAGACCAGAGCGAAGCGUUUCAACGUGGAAAUGAACGAGCAGGCCAAGAAGGCAGCCCGCGCAGCCCGGUUUGGGAUUGUAACCACCGAAACGAACAAAGCAGGUGUUGUUGGCGCUACCAAACUGCCGGUGGACACCACCAAGCUGCAGGAGCGUGCCAAGCGAUUCGGCGUCAAUGUCUCCACCGUGGCUCAAAAGAUUGAGGUGGAGGGGAAACUCAAGAAGAGAAAGGAACGGUUUGGGGUGGUGACUGCAGCUGCGGCUGUCGCUACCGAAGACACGGAGAUCAAGAAGCUGAAAAGAGCGGAGCGUUUUGGCAUUGCAUAAACCAGCAUUAUUUUUAUUGUUCCGGUUUUAUAUUCUCUCCCUCAAGGCAAACGAGUCGAGUCUUGGUUUGUGGAUCGUGAUUUUGUUUGCCUAAUACAACCAAUUCGUAUUCACUGGCACGCAUUCUUCUGUGCGCUGCCUUGUACACACACAAAGCAUUCGUCGUCCGAGCAGCGACUGGGAAACGUUACACUAUCACAUUUGUACGUGGGGGUGUGUGUGUUGUGUGUCUGCGGGCGGGCGGGGGGGGGGGUGUUCACUAGCAAUGUAAUGCGUGCCCACGUGGAAUUGUUAACGAGCAGAGUUUGACAGGAAGGAAACAGCUUGACACUUGGGGCUUUCCAUUCAUAGGCAGGGGAAAUUAAUCAACUCGACGAAAUUGUCAAGGUGGUCUCCAGGGAAAACUUGAUAACCCACAUUUGUUUAACUAUACAACCCCGAGGAAAGCUUCACAAUUAAUCAGAUCGUUAUUGUAUAAUCUUGGCUGAGAUCGCCAGUUAAAUUUAUAAUUCAAUAUGCCUACCUCCAACAAAAGCCUACUCUUUGUAAAGUGUAAUUUUGUGGGUUAUCAAGAACCCUCGAGGAAACCCCCUCCACAAUUAUACUGCUUGAAAUAAGUUUGCAUUUAUGUCAGUAAAAUGUAUCACAUAUUUUAGUUCUAUAUAGUUGUGCAAGUAUCCUGAUAAUUGAGUUUUUAAAAAGUAGGUGUAUUUUUUAUCAGUCCGAUCACUGCUCGAAUUAAGAGUGAAAACGCGGUCUUAUUUGAAUCCACAUUGUCCACCCACGUGUAUGACAUGGCGUGUCAUCGUUUACCUCGUCUUACCACGCAGCUGACGCGACAACUCUUUUGUUUUGUAUCGUUUCCAAAGGUGGCGAUUGAUAAAUAAACAUUUUUUUAAAAAAUAAAUUGACUGCGGAUGAAA